CCAUUCAAUCAGCCGCAAAUUGACGUCCCUUUUUCUAUCUAAUAAACCAAUAAUGCCACCCAGAUCAAGAUCACGUCUGGCCAGAGCAUCUGCUGCUGUGAAUCAACCAUCUCCAAGAUCCACAAGAACUCGAGGUUCUCAUUUAUCUGCUGGUGAUAAAAAUAUUGAUGAAGAAGAUAAAGAGCCACAAGAAGACAAUGAAGAAGGCGAACCUGAUGUCACCAAUGACGAUCCAGAAGAUGAAGACCCGGAUAUACCUAGAAGCAAUAGCAGGAAAAGAAAAAUUGGUGUAGUUAAGGCGGAAGAAGAUAAUGAGGAUCCGCAAGAGGACCAGGAUCAAGAUGAAGACCAAGAUGAAGACCAAGAUGAAGACCAAGGAGAUGACCAAGGGGAAGAUGAGGAGGAAGAUGAAGAUGAAGAAGGAGAAGAAGAGGAAGGAGUCGGGGAGUCCAGACAACAGCCAAAGAAAAGAGGAAGAAAAAGAACGAAAUUUGUCCCAACUGACGAGGGAUUCCUUGAUGAAGACGGAAAUCCAAUUAGUAUAGUCGAUGAUGAAGUUGUGAUUGAAAAUGAAGAUCCUAAAGGUUGUGAGAAGAUUGAUGCAAAUGGUUAUUUGAAAGGAGAUCGAGAAUUUAGAAUGAAAACAUUCCAUCUUUUAGGAAAAGGAGAAAGGUUAUACAUGGUCUCUACUGAACCAGCAAGAUUGGUUGGUUUUAGAGAUUCCUAUUUAUUAUUCAAGACCCAUAGAUCUUUAUUUAAAAAAGUUUGUACGUUUGAAGAAAAAAUGGACUUGAUUGAAAGACACAUCAUUCCAAACUCUUAUAAAGGUAGAUCAGUCAACUUAGUUUGCGCUAGAUCCAUCUUUAGAGAGUUUGGUGCGAGAGUCAUUAAAGAAGGUAAGAAGGUAGUUGACGACUUCUGGGAACAAAGAGCUAUUGAUAAUGGUGAUAUAUCAGGAGAAUAUGCCGAUCCAAAUGAACUCGCAAGAAAUCAAAAUAAAUUGAACAAUAUUUUGGGCGAUGGUAACCCAAAUACUGCUAAUAUUACUACACCAAUAACAGGUGCGGCCUUGGUUAACUAUCAAUCUGACCCAAGUUGGAUGUAUCAAAUUGCAAACCAGACAAAGGAAUAUAAUACUUUGUUGAACGACCAAAGAAAACAGAUAUGGCAACGAGGGGUCAAGGAUGUGUAUACUGGUUUAGUUUUUUAUCCAGCAAGUAGUCAACCAACCAGAACUAAGUUGAGUAAAGUUCAAGAUUCAAAGCUGUUAAUUUAUGAUGUGUCUUUCCGUAAUUCAAAUCUAAAAAGAAAAGUGACUGGGUUAUCUACAGUUGGAAAAGAAAUUUUCGAAGAUCUUGAAGAUGAAGACUUGAAAAGGGAAAUCUUGGAACAACAAGAAUAUGAACGAUCAUUGUAAAAUAUACUACCUGUAC